GGGAGAGCGGAUAUAGUGAAUGCGGGGUCCCGGGGAGAGCAGAUAUAGUGAAUGCGGGGUCCAGGGAGAGCGGAUAUAGUGAAUGCGGGGUCUGGGGAGAGCGGAUAUAGUGGAUGUGUAAGGUUCCCUCGGACUUCCUUCAGAUGCGGGGUCCAGGGAGAGCAGAUAUAGUGAAUGCGGGGUCCGGGGAGAGCAGAUAUAGUUAAUGCGGGGUCCGGGGAGAGCGGAUAUAGUGAAUGCGGGGUCCGGGGAGAGCGGAUAUAGUGAAUGCGGGGU